UCCUACAGCGCACGCUCGCAGGCGGAGAACGAGCAGGACGGGUCGGCUCAGUGUUUACGUUGAGAUGCUCACAACAAAGGACAGCGCGCCGCGGAGAGGCUGUCAUUUAAAAUAAAGAGAAAGCAUCGUGGAUAUUUUCUCUUUCGGUGAGCGGCGGCAACUCACAGCUCCUGGAAGGGGAGCGUAAAGAACAGAAAUCGUAAUUGGCUUCAAUUUGAUUUUUUUCCCACCCCUACGUGAUACGUGGGACGAUAGCUAGCUCCUUAGCCCAAGCAAGUUGGUGGGAAAGCUAAGCAGCUGAGACGGACCGGAGGCUUUGGGACAAUAAGAGGACCUCAUCAUUUAUAUCGCAUGCAGAACAAGUGGAGCUGCAACAGACGGGCUCAUGACGCAUGACGGGGUGGAGCUGAGGCUCAGCUGACCCUUCCCCUUCCUUAUUCCUUAUUCCCCCCAGCGCUCCAUUCGAUCAGCACCACCCCCCCUCCCUUCCCCUCCUUGCCCCUUCCUGCCUCCCGUCACCCUGUUGGAUCUCACCCGUCAUUCCUAGCCUCCAGUUCCUCCGAACCUCAGUCAGCCGUGCCCAAUGUACUCCCCAGAGCAGGAUAACAUCUCCACCACCGCCCCCACCAAAGUGCCAGUGAAGUAUGGAGAGCUCAUUGUGCUGGGGUACAAUGGCUCCCUGCCCAAUGGGGAUCGGGGGCGACGUAAAAGCCGUUUUGCACUUUGCAAGAGGCCGAAGGCAAACGGAGUAAAGCCCAGCACAGUUCACGUUGCCUGCUCUCCACAAGCAGCCAAGGCCAUAAGCAACAAAGACCAGCACAGCAUCUCUUACACUCUGUCUCGAGCCCAGACGGUGGUGGUGGAAUACACUCAUGACAGCAAUACAGACAUGUUCCAGAUCGGUCGAUCCACAGAGAGUCCAAUAGACUUUGUAGUGACGGACACAGUGGCAGGCAGCCAGAGUAAUGCAGACACUCAGUCGGUCCAAAGCACCAUCUCCCGCUUCGCCUGCCGCAUCAUAUGCCAGCGCACGCCGCCUUACACAGCACGCAUUUAUGCCGCAGGCUUUGACUCUUCCAAGAGCAUCUUCCUCGGGGAGAAAGCUGCUAAAUGGAAGACAUCUGAUGGUCAGAUGGAUGGGCUGACCACCAACGGCGUGCUGGUGAUGCACCCUCGCAACGGCUUCAGCCAGGACUCCAAACCGGGCGUCUGGAGGGAGAUCUCAGUCUGUGGCAACGUCUUCACCCUGCGAGAAACCCGCUCAGCACAGCAGCGGGGAAAGAUGGUGGAGACAGAGACUCAGGAGCUCGUUGACGGCUCCCUCAUCGACCUCUGUGGCGCCACCCUGUUGUGGCGCACUGCUGAAGGCCUGGCGCGCACCCCCACCCUCAAACACCUGGAGGCGCUGCGACAGGAGAUCAACGCGGCCCGCCCGCAGUGUCCCGUGGGCUUCAACACUCUGGCCUUCCCCUCCAUGCGUCGCAAAGACACACCUGACGAGAAGCAGCCCUGGGUCUACCUCCAGUGUGGCCACGUGCACGGCUACCACAACUGGGGCAACCACCGCGAGGAGAGGGAGGGCAGGGAGGGCCGCCUCAGGGAGUGUCCCAUGUGCCGAACCAAAGGGCCAUACGUGCCGCUGUGGCUGGGCUGCGAGGCGGGGUUUUACGUGGAUGCAGCCCCGCCCACUCACGCCUUUAACCCCUGCGGCCACGUUUGUUCGGAGAAGACUGCGGCCUUCUGGAGUCAGAUCCCGCUUCCUCACGGCACACACACCUUCCACGCCGCCUGCCCCUUCUGCGCCCAUCAGCUGAGUGGCGAGCAAGGCUACAUCAGACUCAUCUUUCAGGGACCCCUCGACUAACAGCGGGAACUUCCAGCAUCCCUUGGGAGGUUUUAUUUGGAUGCUGCAUUUAACACGGGGACCUUCCCAGAUCUAUUUUUUUUUUUUUUUUUUUUUUUCCUGGACUUUUUGUCUCGCUCUCAUUUUUAAGUGACCUUUGUAUUGCUUUUUCAUGAAUGACAACAAAGAUUUCUAUAUUUUCAUGUGAAACCAGAGACAGAAAAACCAAACAAAGAACACUGCUGGGUAAAUCUUUUUAAGUUUGUUUCCUGGAAAGAACUUUCAACAACAGUAUUUAUCUAAAUUACUAACACACCGCAGUGCAAACGUGCAGUUUUAUUCAUGUUUAUUGUUGCAAUAUACAUUCGUGUACAUCUCUUAGAGCUAAUUUAAACAAAGAUGUUUAUUUAUGGCCCUGGAGCAUCACUUCAUCCUCUAUCUGUCAGAUAACUUCAAUACUAUUAAGCAUUUUAUUUUGAAAGUUCAGUAUAUUGUUAACCAGAUAUAUUUAGGUGUGCUCUGAGGGUUUUGUUCUGUCUGUCUCUGCCAUGUUCACCGCUCAGAUCUGUCAUAUUUAUACACCACAUCCUCUCACGUUGUGUGUUUAAAUCCUUCAGUUAUUCUUGUCGUCUCAUUCACCAUCACAACGGCCUUUUCACUUCCAAAGCAAUAGAUCUGGAACUGAAACCUCCUAAAGCAUUAUGGGAAACUGAGUCUUCUAGGCAUCUUUGCAAGCAAAUGGCCUGAAUGACUGCUCCCUCCCUUUAAAGUAAAACAUCUUUGUGGGUGAGUGAGUGAGUCUCUACGCAGCCAUGUAGCUAACGUCACACUUUACACACACACAUGCACACACACACUCCAACCCAACCAGAGGGGUGUACUACAACCUGGGAUUAGUGGGUUAGGGAGGUAUCUUUAUCCUGCAGUCAGACUUUACAAAGAUGGCUUUCUGUAACCAUUCUAGUUUCUGUGGUAAGUUAUGCUGAUGACAUAACCAGCUCCAGACCACGUUAUGUGUAAUGUUUUGAAGGAAGGAGUACAUUAUAUAUUAAUAAAACUGGUGAAGGAAGCCAUGCAAAAUGUGUUGCAUUGUCAAGGGAAUUUUCUUGUAUUCAGUUGGUGAUGCAGGAAAUGAAUAAAUAGUCAUUGUUAUGCUUGUGGCAUAUAUGACAUAAAACCAGGAGCCCUUAUCAGUUAUCAGGAAAGUUUUGCACUGAUGGCCCCUUUCCCAUAGAUUUCUGUACAACCAGAAGUGUUCUUGCAACCUGAGGAGUCGCCCCCUGCUGGCUACUAAAGAGAAUGUAGGCAUAAGGUCUGGAAGCUGCAGCCGUCUCUUAGUGAACGUGGUUAGAACAGAGUGCACUGGGCAGCCUACAUCAUUCAAAGAAAGCCUGGCUAUGUUGAACUUGCUUCUCAGCACACCCCUCUGGUCAGAUGCUUUUCAUGUGUGGACAGUGUCUGGUUUAUUCUGCAUGAUAAUUGGGGUGUUUGAGGUAUACCUGCACAGUUACAGCAAGAUUAUUACUAUGCCAGAUGCAGUGUGGUUUUUCUGAUCUGUAUUAAUAUUGAGUUCAGAAUGUAUUUGAUGUCUUUUGACAGCAUUGCACUUAAGCCAGUAUUUUAAAAUUCUUCUUUUUUGCCUCUACACAAUAAUCCUGCACCCUACUGGAGUCUGAAAGCGACAUGUUUUAUUCUAAAAAAAAAAAAAAAAAAAAAUUUAGGGCACUAUUUUUUUUUUUUAAGCUACGCCUAAAAGUAUGCAACACGCAAACUGAGGCACUUAAAGUCAUUUCAGCGGGUUUCUCUUCUCUCAUGAAUCGUCACAGUUCAGGAAGUCCCAUCCGGCUUAUGCAUCGAGCGAGCAACAAAACACACAAGAUAUAAAAAACACAUCUGCAGUGGUUUGACUCAGGUUUGACACACACUCACACACAAACACACAGAGAGACACGCACACUUUAAGCCUCCAAAUUCCAUUUAUGGAUGCGUGUGCGCUCAAUAAGGCUUUGUGUUAACUUGUGCUUUCCAAAAAAGAGCUUCACAUAUCAGGGCUGCUUGCUCUUUGCUUUGUUAGUUGUUCAGUGUCAUUUAUUAGCUUUACAGUAACUGCUUAGUGAGAGCCUUCUUUUUUCAUCACAAGAGUUACUAUAUAUAUAUAUACGUUUUUCCAAUAUGGUACUGGCUCCUUUAUGAGAGAUAAUAGAACAAUAGAACACAAGGACUGAGACAAGAAAGGCCCUUUUCUGCAGUUUGUUUACGUGCAUUAACACUAAAGCACCUAGAGUUCUGAUUUAAUUAUAAUACAUAAUUAGGUAAUUUUUUUUACCACAUAUAAUGAAAACUGUGUUCUACAGAUGCACUCACAUUAAGUCAGGACCUAAACAAGCAUCUGCAUUGCAUUAUCUUUAUAUUUAAACCAUAUUAAAUAUGAAUAUACUUUAAGGUCUUUCUUUUUUGAGGAAGUAAUCAGAAGAAAAGUAGAUUUCUGUUAGAUAAUUUUCCUCUAAUUGUUGAGAUCUUGGCUUCAGACUCAAAGAAGAGACAGGCUCAGGAUAAAAGCAAAGUUAAAAAAUUGCAAAAUUUUGAUUGGAGAGUAAAUCUGGUUUGAACGUGACCGCAACGUAACCAAAUUCCAUCUGCUGAGGAAGACUCUGAUUCUGAUCAAAAGCUCAGGAUGAGCUGCUGUAGAUCAGUUUAUCAGUUGCUGUUUGAAAAGUUAACAGUGGCCUCAGAGACCGCAGUCCUGAUAUUUGGAGCUUUAUGUGAAAGCACAGAUUCUCCUGCUGUGUAUGCGCACACACACACACCUGUCUACAUCGCUGCUUUUCGCCCACUUCACUGAAAUGAGACACACACUCAAACUGUAGAAACUUCCCCUCAGUGAAGCAGCUUUACUGCUCAGAGUGACUUCCAAACUGUUCACAGAGCCUCAGGUCUGCGUGAACACACUCGUAUCGGCGGUAUAAGUAGCGCGUGUGUGUGUGUGUGUGUGUGAGAGAGCGAGAGAGAGAUGCUGCAAUUUAUACAUUCAUGUUGACUGUGUGUGUGCAGUUUGUGUGUGUUCAUGUGUCCACACAGUAAGUAGCUCUCCAGAUAAUGUCCAUCAGUAUCCUCAGACUGCAACACACUAAACUCACCUCAGGGAGAAAACGAUGAUCUGCAUCACACCUGCACACACACACACACACACACACACGUGCACACUCCUAAGGUCUACUGAGGAUACCUCACAGGUUAAAAGUUAAAAUCUGGAUUCAGAUAUGUGUCCUGCCUCCUUCACCCAGUUUAGUUUCAUGGAUUAAAAGUGUGUGAUUUUAAGGGCUUCCCUCCGUCUCUGUACUGUUAUCUCGGCCCUGCGCAGGCCUGACCCCGCCCCUGUCCUCCACUCGCUCUUCCUCUUCUCUUGUUUGGAGUGUAUUUGUGCUUGUAAAAAAGCAAAAACAACGAAUGUUUCCAGCAAACACUUUUUUGUAAAUGACUUUAAACAAUAAAGUGUAAA